AUUGACUUUUGGCACACAGCCAGUGUCCCCCGGUUGGGGCUUCCCGCCAUUCGAGUGUCUGAUGGGCCCAAUGGAGUGCGGGGAACAAAAUCCCUCAAUGGAAAAGCUGCAGCUUGAUUUCCUUGUGAAAGUGUGAUCGGUGCAACAUGGAAUACCGCCCUGGUAGAGUCACUGGGACAAUUACAAGGCCAGGAAGCGAUUGAUAAAGGUGCAUCUGUAAUUCUGGGCCCCACAGUAAACAUGCAACGCUCUCCCCUCAAUGGACGCGGGUUCGAAUCAUUCAGUGAAAAUCCAAUACUAUCCGGCUGUAUGGGUGCGGCAAUGACCUACGGCAUUUAUUGCAGCGAGGAUCCGGUCCUCAUCCAAAAAAGCCCUCCGAGAGGAGUGGAACUUCUAUGCCUUAUCUUCUACAAUAUCCCCAGAAGGAUCAGCAACCGUGUAGCAUUAUUCUCACACGUAUUCAGGUUUGGAACUUACUCCACGACCGAAGCCCUUCGUGCUGGCUUGGACCUAGAAAUGCCUGGCCCUUCUCUGCUACGGGGACGGUGAUCACUAGGGCUCUUAGCUCUGGCAAGCUUCUGCCACACGAGCUUGACGAUCGCUUUCAGGAAGUGCUGAAAUUCAUCCAACGCGCACGCGUCCUGAAUCUUCCAGAGAAUGCUCCUGAGGAGAUGCUUGACACACCAGAGACAGCGGCCCAAUUGCGGCGCGCUGCAGCAGAGAGCAUUGUGAUGUUGAAGAAUGAGAGGGACAUUUUACCGUUUAAAUAUGACAAGACCACGGCUGUCAUUGGUCCCAACGCAUUAUUCGCUGCAUAUUGCGGAGGAGGAUCGGCCGCUCUCGACCCGUAUCAUGCUAUUAGUCCCUUGGAGGGAAUCCACGCACGGGUGUCGCAGGCUAAGUAUGCCCUCGGGGCUCCAGGGUGGAAGCUUCUACCGCCCCUUUCGCACCUUACGAAGACAGAGUCAGGUCAACCGGGCUUGGACAUGACAGUCUAUCUUGACUCUCCAGGAUUGCCAAAUUGCAAUACAGCCGACCAGAUCCAUGUCGGCCGAUCUGAGGUCUUCUUGAUGAAUUACAAGAAUCCUCAUAUCAAGGGCUAUCUUUACUACGCCGAUCCGAGUGGAACAUUUACGCCUGAUGUAACUGCGGAGUACGAAUUCAGUAUCUGUGUUGCCGGCACAGCCAAAAUGUCUAUUGAUGGGGAGUGUAUCGUCGACAACGCUUCGAAGCAGAUCCGUGCGGACAAUUUCUUUGGGACUGGCACAGUUGAGGAGAGGGGAGAGUUACUGAUUGAAGCGGGUAAGAUGUACUACAUCAAGGUUGAAUUUGGUACGGAUCCAACCAUCACUUUCGAUCGACCGGGAGCCAACGGGUUUGGCGCAGGGGGCAUCUGACUCGGUUCCCGGCCGUAUCUUUGGAAUGGGCCCUCUCACCUUCUAGCUGCGCUCUUCCCACCCGCUACUCUAGGCGGAUACGCUAACUCCCUCUUCUGGGUCAUCCUAAUGGUUGUGUCUGGAGACUUGACUCCCCAUGCAUACCUGAACGAUUUCUAAC